UAAAAGCUAGAGAGAGAAACAACAGAUGGAGAGAGAGAGAGAGAGAGAGAGACAGAGUUAUUAAAGCACAAAUUUUGUUGGGGGAGGGGUUGCAGUAUGUGAGUGGUUUUGCGCUCUCUCUUUCUCUCUCUAAAAAUCUGACUUGAAAGAAGCAUUUAUUUAUUUUUUGUUCUCUGUCUGGGUCUAAGUCUAGAGCUUCCCGUCAAAUAUCUCUCCUUCUUCUCUGGGUCUAUAAUAUACACAUCGCUGAUCGCACAAUCUUUAUCUUCAAACGAUGAGGAUCAGGAAGCGUUUUCCUUCUUCUUCUCUCUCCUCCUCACAGCCUCUUUCAGAUCCCCAACUCAACCGGUCACCUGUGGCGGUGGUGCUACAACACCUUCAAGGAGGUGGUGGCAGACAAGCCCAUCCAGAUGGAAAUCUCAUUUGUUAUGAGCCUUCCGAUCCUCCAAAUCAGCCUCUCCCACCGCCUUCCGAUCAACACCCGACGAUCGGAACUGCAAGGUUUAGAUGGGUUUGCUCUGAUAGCACCGAGACACGGGAGGUGAAGCAAAAGGAGUUGGAAGGUGCAGAGGCUAAAGAAGAGAGCUGGGAAGAGGAAGAGAAGAGUAAUGAUACCAGGAAAGGAAGCAUCUUUGGUGCAGAAGUAGGUACUGGGUCAGGGUUACUACCACCAACGCCACCAACACCACCACCAACAACAGCUUCUUCUCAUCAAGUAGGGAGUUGGUGUGAAGGAGAUUAUGAAGUGGUUCCACUGAAGAAGAGAAGAGGGACCUUUGAAAGGAGAGGUGAUAAAGAUGCGAUAAUAAUAAUGGAGAAAGGGAGGAAGAUGAAGGCAAAAAUGAAUUCGAAGACGAACAAGAAAUGUGUGCAACCAAAUGCUGGUGAUGAUGAACAAGGUCAAGGUCAAGGAAUGGGCAUUGAAAACAAUAAUGUCAAUAAUACUGGUGGAGGUGGAGGUGGAGGUGGUGUGAAGAAGCUGAAAAGAGGGAAUAUGAUAAUGGAGGGAUCGCGGUGCAGUCGUGUGAAUGGGAGGGGAUGGAGGUGUUGCCAGCAGACCCUUGUUGGGUAUUCUCUUUGUGAACAUCAUUUGGGUAAAGGAAGGCUUAGAAGCAUCACUAGUGUUCGAAGUCGUGCCGUGGCUACCAUUGCUACUACUGCUACUGCUACUGCUAGUGCACCAAAGAAAGAGGACUCGUCAUUGGUGCAAGAGGAACAACUAGGGCAAAGAUUGUUGGAUGAUGAUAAUGUUGAUGAUGAAAAGAAGCCGUUGAUGAUAACAAAGAAGAGAAUGAAGCUUGGUACGGUGAAAGCUAGAUCUAUAAGCAGCUUGUUGGGCCAAACAAGCAAUUCAGUUGUAAUUGCUCCUGAUAAUAACAAAAACACCGGUGUUUUGUGAAUAUGAAGAAGACAAGUCCGUGUUAUUUCAUGUACCUAAAUGAAAAAGCAACUCGAAGUUUGAUGUUUUCUAACUUACACACCUGGAUGGACCUGGUGCAAUUACUAUGUUUUGUUGAGAUUCGAUUCUAGCCUCUAGGUGAUCAACAAUUGUGUUUGUGAUUCAUCAAGUGUUAUAAUGUCAUUUUUAAAAUUUUUAUUUUUAUUUUUAUUUUUUAGUA